GCUGUGAAGGGCUUGGGGUGCGGGGCUCGCACGGGCGGUGGAAGGAAAGGAGAGGGAAGCGAAGGCACCACUGGGGCAUCGCUUUAGAUGUUGGCCCGGGAGGUGCUGGUGUUUUCUUUAGCACAGAGCUUGCUAAAAGGCCAUUGCAGAGCUGCCGUGCCGAUUGUGUGUCUGCCGGAGAGAGCUGGCAGUGAUACGUGGAAUUUCUGUGGGUGGGCAGUGCAGGAAACCCCCAAAUUCUGAUGAAAACUCCUCCCCGUAUACGAGUAUAAGAGGAAGCAGCACAUCUGCCAGUUCUGCUUCAAGAAGUGUGGGGAAAGCUGCUGUGCAAAGUUCUUCUGCUGACUUCUCGCAGCCUGGCUGGCAGGUUUAAAACCCAGCGUGCCCACGUAGAAGCAAGCUGCAGCUACCACUGAAGGUCUGUAGACUUAGAGAAGGCUUGGAAGCAUGGAAAGCCUUUGUGCAGCAAACAACACUUUUGCUGUGGACCUGUUAAGAAAGCUGUGUGAGAUGAAAAGCGGGCAGAAUGUGUUCUUUUCACCAUUUAGUAUUUCUUCUGCUUUGUCUAUGGUUUUGCUGGGUUCAAGAGGUAGCACUGAAGCCCAAAUAAGCAAGGUGCUUUCUCUGAAGAAUGCCCAGGAUGCUCACAAUGGGUAUCAGUCCCUUCUCUCUGAAAUUAAUGAUCCAAACACCAAAUACAUCCUGAGAACUGCAAACCGGCUCUAUGGAGAAAAGACCUUUGAGUUUCUUCCAUCAUUUAUAGAGUCCAGUCAGAAAUCCUACCAUGCUGGCCUGGAACAGAUGGACUUCCUGCAUGCUUGGGAGGAUUCCAGGAAACAAAUCAAUGUCUGGGUGGAGGAAAGGACUGAAGGCAAAAUUCAGAACCUGUUGGCAGCGGGGACGCUUGAUUCCCUGAGCAGGCUUGUGUUGGUGAAUGCCAUCUAUUUCAAAGGCAACUGGGAAGAGCCUUUCAGGAAAGCAAGUACCAGAGAGAGGCCAUUCCAAAUUAAUAAGAACGAGAGCAAACCUGUGCAGAUGAUGUUCAAGGAGGCAAAUUUUAACAUGACCUACAUUGGGGACUUCCAGACCAAAAUCCUGGAGCUGCCCUAUGUGGGUGAUGAACUGAGCAUGAUCAUCCUGCUCCCUGAUGCAAUCCAGGAUGGCUCCACAGGCUUGGAAAGACUGGAAAAGGAACUUACACAUGAGAAGCUGAUGGGUUGGAUCAGUCCAGAAAUGAUGAAUUCUACAGAGGUGAGGGUGUAUUUACCCCGAUUUAAACUGGAAGAAAAUUAUGAUCUGAAACCGCUUCUGAGCAGCAUGGGAAUGCCUGAUGCAUUUGAUUUGGGGAAGGCAGACUUCUCAGGAAUCUCAUCUGGGAAUGAGCUGGUGCUCUCUGAAGUGGUUCACAAAUCCUUUGUGGAAGUCAAUGAAGAAGGCACUGAAGCAGCUGCUGCCACAGCAGCAGUGAUGCAGUUGUGUUGUGCAAUGAUAGUUCCAGAAUUCACUGCUGAUCAUCCCUUCCUCUUCUUCAUCCGGCACAACAAAACUUGCAGCAUUUUGUUCUGUGGCAGAUUUUGCUGUCCCUAAGGAGGAGAUGUCUUGGCAGCAUAGGUGCCUUCAGACAAUAAAUUGAUGUUUCCCUAGAACAAGGUGACUCAUUC